AUGGGAUCUGACAGCCCCGAAGACUUUUGGCUGUUUGGCUAUGGGAGUCUCAUCUGGAAGCCGCCUCCGCAUUUCGAUCAACGAAUUCCGGGUUAUAUACAAGGCUAUGUCCGACGAUUUUGGCAGCUUGUACUGAACAAUUUCCCCAGCGAAGACCAUCGAGGUACUCCUGAAGCUCCAGGCAGAGUUGUAACAUUGAUUGAGAAAUCCUUUUGGGAGACACUCGACGACCCUCAACGUCACACCGAGAAAGACCAUGUUUGGGGUGUCGCCUACCACAUCAUUCCUUCCAAAGUCAGAGAAGUUCAAGAGUAUCUUGACAUUCGCGAGAUCAAUGGAUACAGCAUUCAAUACACACCGUUCCAUCCUGCCGACUCCAACCUUCCCGACAUUCAUUGUUUAGUAUACAUUGGCAUGCCGGAUAAUCCUCAAUUCCUAGGCGCUCUUCAUCCGCAAGACAUCGCCGAAACCAUCAACUCCAGCAUCGGCCCUAGUGGUGAGAAUCGAGAAUACCUCCUCCACUUGGAGAAAGCUUUGGAGAGCUUGAGCACCAACAGCCAUGAUGAGCAUAUCACUGACUUAGCACGGCGCGUUCGUGCACUGGCCCCGCCAGUCCGUCUCUCACAGCUUCAGGGGUCGACUUAUGCGUUGAAACGGGUCAGCAGCACCGAGGAACAAGAGGAAAUUGAGAAAGAAGUAUGA